GCCCGGCCGCCGCGGCAGAGGAGAGCGGAGCCCGCGGGGGCAGGGACGCCGCCGCCGCCGCGCUGCACGGACCAGCGGCGCCGCGAGAGGCGCCUCCGCUCGCCGUCUCGGCUUCGGCUUCGACCCCGGACCCGGUCCCGCUCCCGGUCCCGGCGAGCGCGAGGCGAGACGGCCGCCAGCACCGGGCUCCGCGCACCGGGCAGCACUCCGCACCGCGCCCCGGGCGGCGGGGCGGCGGACGCGGGGCACCAUGAUGAGCAGCUACCCGGACGGCGAGGAGGACACAGUGGCACUGCUAGCUCAUGACACCAGCGGCAGCAAGGAGCCGGAGCGGGGCAAGGAGGAGAUGAGCGCCGACAAGGGCCCCGAGAAGCCGGACCCCUCGCAGAAGCCCCCCUACUCCUACGUGGCCCUGAUCGCCAUGGCCAUCCGGGAGAGCGCGGAGAAGAGGCUCACGCUGUCCGGGAUCUACCAGUACAUCAUCAGCAAGUUCCCUUUCUACGAGAAGAACAAGAAGGGCUGGCAGAACAGCAUCCGCCACAACCUCAGCCUCAACGAGUGCUUCAUCAAGGUGCCCCGGGAGGGCGGCGGCGAACGCAAGGGCAACUACUGGACCCUGGACCCCGCCUGCGAGGACAUGUUCGAGAAGGGCAACUACCGCAGGAGACGGAGGAUGAAGCGGCCCUUCCGGCCGCCCCCGACCCACUUCCAGCCCGGCAAGACCCUCUUCAGCCCCGACAGCUACGGCUACCUCUCCCCGCCCAAGUACUUGCAGUCCACCUUCAUGAACAACUCGUGGCCGCUGGCGCAGCCCCCCGCGCCCAUGCCCUACGCCUCCUGCCAGAUGUCUGGCGGGAACGUCAGCCCCGUCAACGUGAAAGGACUCUCGGGCCCGGCGUCCUACAGCCCCUACUCGCGGGUGCAGAGCAUGGCGCUGCCCAGCAUGGUGAACUCCUACAACGGCAUGGGCCACCACCACCACCACCCGCACGCCCACCACCCGCAGCAGCUCAGCUCGGCCAGCCCCGCGCCGCCCGCGGCCCCGGCGGCGAACGGAGCCGGCCUCCAGUUCGCCUGCGCUCGCCAGCCCGCCGAGCUGUCCAUGAUGCACUGUUCCUACUGGGAGCACGACAGCAAACACAGCGCCCUGCACUCCCGCAUAGACAUCUAGGGAGGCCCCGGCCGGCCGCGGCCCUUGCCCCGGCCCCGCUGCCCCUCUCCGAUCCGACGCCUCCUGCGCCCUCCUGUCUGUCUCCUCCUCUCUAGCUGCGGACUUUCCUCCCUCUGUGCCCAAACUGUUGCGGUGGGGAAGAGCAGCCCUGCUCCGGGUGUAGUGUCGGUGCCGGAGCCGUCCCACGGUGAGGAGAAGGCAGUGUGAGCGGGGGUCCCGCCGGGCGCAGCGGAGGCCGGCCCGGCUGCCUCCGGGCGCGCUCGCAUUUACCGUUCGUUUCUCUGCUCGUCUGUUUGUUCGUGAGGGGUUGGGGGGUGGGGGGGUACGUUGUUAAAAAUAGGCUGUUUAGCCCUCAGAAUUCUGCUCCUUUAUAAUUAGGCCGUCAUCUUUUGGGGCUCAGCCUCGGGGAGAGUGAAGCGGAGCUUGUAAAUAGCGGAGGCAGUUCCACGCGUGGCGGUGCGGGGCUGGCGGGCCUAGCCAGCGCCCUGUGCCUUCGGCCUCCUCCUCUUCAUCUUCUCUUCCUUCCUCCUCGCUCUGCAAAGCACCGCGCUUCAUCCAGGCUGGGUCUUUUCGUCAAAAUAGUACUUGUGUGAGGACUGCUGUAACAGCAGAGAUGGGCGAUGUUGCUGGUUAUUAGAAACCAACAAACAAAACACACCAGGGUCACUCGUGAAACGUUUCGGCAGUGGUAAAUAUAUUUUUUAAAGGAGACAAUGUCCUCUGAGGUCUUAAAAGUAAUUUUAUACAGGUCUAAAAAAAUAUUUUGAUGUUAUAAAAAAAAUAGAGACGGUUUCCUGUAAAUUGGAAUAUUUUUCUGUGUGCAUAUUGUUAUUAAUAAUGAAAGUUUAAUCUAUCUUCGGGGUUUUUGACCCCAAACCUGGCCCAAAAUGGGUUUUCCGGUAGGUUCUGCUUUUGAAUGCUUGACCUUUUUCUUAAAAAGUUUUGAUCCUUCAAUUUUACAUAGAUUAACGUGGAAAAAAAUAGCGUUUAUAAUACAGGGGCCAGUUCAUAGCGAUUUUGUAAAUGUUUAUGUAAGCUGAUAGAUGCUGUGGCAUAGUACCAUUUUGGGACCAACUUUUCUAGAGUGAACUAGCACUUUUCUUGUACGUUCUAGCAUUGUAAAGUCUCCAAUAAAACGCCUUUCCUUCUU